CGCACACUCGCACACUCACCUCUUCAUCCUUGACAUCUCUCCAUGUCGUCACUGUCACUCCCUCCCCCAUCACCAUCACCUCCCUCCUCAUCAUCUCCAUUCUCCCCCGUCUCCUCUUUAUCUCUCUCUCCGCCUCCGCCUCCUCAUCUCAUUCUCCAUCUCCUCCUCAAUCUUCAUCUCCUUCCUCAUUUUUCUCCACCCAACUCCCCCAACUCCCCCAUCUCAACCUCAUCGCGCAUCUCUCAUCUUCCCCACUCCCCAACGCCCACGGAAGACGCGCUCAUGCCGUCGACAGAGGCCGCACGUCGCCUAUCGCCGAUUACGGAAAGCAGAGCGCCACUGCACAUGCCGCUCACGCCAUCGGCGCGUCGUGCAAACACCCAUUCCGCCCCCUUCCUCCUUCCCCCAACAGCCUCAACUCACGCGCCAUCGCGCACUCCGUCCUCCUCUUGCCCAUCCACCUCGGCCUCGUCCCCGUCCACCACACCCAUCACCACACCCCGUGACUCCCCUCCUCCUACAAAGAUCCCCUCUCCCUCCCCACGCACUUUUUCCAAGCCUUCUCCUCGCCUCACAUCUCACAUCCACCCACUCCACUCACACAGAACCCACAGCCAAAGCCACUCCCCAAAUGCGCACCCAAAGUUCAUCCCCGCACGUCCUGCUCCUCCCCCACCCCCACCCCGUACCCCGUCGCCCUCCUAUGCCUGUAUGAGCCAGGACUCACCGCCUACUCCGCAGCGCACUCCAUCGCAGGCAAGGGGUCGGCGUCCUGCCCCAACGCCGAUCAUUACUGCUAUCGCACCCGAAAAGCACGGCCUCGACAAGACGACAAAUCUCGCUAUCGCACAGUACCCGCGCACUACCACCUUGCCACCCUUCUCGUCUUCGCGAACGCUACGGUCACCAUCACCACCUCGCAAAGGGUCAGAUGUCUCCGCCCCUCAACGUGUUGAGAAUACCCAGUCUUCCUCUGACGAGUCGACGCCGACAAUGACCCCAGUUGGCGCACUCGUGACGGAGCACAGCACCGCCACCACCACCACCACUACUCUCUGCAAGGUAUCGGCGGAGCGCAGCCUGCAAAGGCGGCCGCGGCCGCUCUCCGCAAUGGCUCUGCAUCGCACGACGCCGGGGCUAAAGAAUAACUCUCGCUCGCUCUCACCAGGGCGGGCGUACCAUACAAAGCAGCGCCCAGCCUCCGCCCUCGGCCACCCUUCACUCGCCCCUUUUGGCGGUGCCGUCCCUCUUUCUCGCGGCAAUAGUCUCGUCGUACCAGCAUCCCUGGACGACGCCCCGCGCAACACCAUCACACCUGAUGACGCGCCACCAUCACGACGGUCCCGCGUGCAGAGCGAUGGCAGCCGGCAGCUUUCGCCCCCACAAAGUCCAACGUCUCGAGGGCUCUCAGUUCGGCAAGCCCUGACGCCCAUGUCCGACGACUAUAGCCUGGACGGAAUGGACGAAGCUCGAUCUAGCACUCCCCUGCGCCGACAGUCUAUUCGCAUCGCCUCAUUCAUCUCACGAUUCGGCCAGGAUGCCGCCCGAAGGCUUACAAAGUCGCCCACCCCGUCGCCCCUCUGCAUCGUUGCCAGCCCGGAUACCAUGAGCCUCCCUAGUCCCACCAUCAAGACAGCCAAGCGACAGUCGGGAUCGUUUGGUGUUAUCGACGAUGGUUCAGAUACAGAGUCGAUCCAUCGUUUCUACCACGACAACACGCGCCGGCGGCGCAACAGCUGUGGCAGCAUCGUUGAGGUAACGGUGCGCAGACUGUACGCCGAGAAUGCAGACACCCACAGUCACGCGGAGGAAGAGAUCGAGUUGCCGUUGUCGUCGAAGGCGGAGACAAAGUCGUCCGGCGCGCUAGAUCUUCUAUGCUUGGUGCCCGACGCCACUGUCCGUCCAAGUAACAGCGCGAGCGAUCUCUCCACUGCAGGUCUCGACUCGUCUCCAUCCUCACCCCCGGGACUCUCCCGAUCGUCAUCGCAGUGGACACCUCCCAGCGAUUCUGUGUGCACACUCCCAAGCACCUCGCCAUGUUCGACGCUCCCCCCGCCGGCGGCCUCCCCCGAGGCCCUGCUCUUCGCUGCGAGUCAGAUGCUCAACUCUCACGGCGUAACUCUGCUACACCAUGCCGAGCAACUGAGCGAGGCAAGCUCGAGCCUGCGAGCGCUCGCCACCGAGAGUCUCGAGUGGGGCUCGCGGCUCAUGGCAGCCGCGAAUAGAAGCAUGGAGACGUUCCACUCGCCGCCCAUGGUUGCGACUCCAAGUCCGUCGCAGACCCCUACCCCGCGCGCAUCUAUAGAUGGUCUCCCAGAUGGGAUGCCCGCCAUCUCCUCCCCUUCACCUCGUCCUGCGCGUCGUUCGGAAGAGCACCGCCUGAGCCAGAGAUCGCCGAAGCGCAAGUCGUGGAUUCUUAAGCCUGUCCGCCACGCGAGUCUGCUCAUGGAGUCGGAGCGUCUGGCCAGUCUUGGCUGGAGCAGACUGCAAACAAGCGAGAGGAGCGCACACAGCGUCGAGGCUGCGGAUACCAGCAGAGCCUUCGCAGACGACUACGUAAUGAUCUCGGGUUCCAGAGCUUCAGCAUCACCCGAGCCAAUAGUACAGACCUCUCCCACAUCAAUGUCCGAUCCUCAUCGCGGCGCGCACGACAGUGAGCCGUCGUCCCCCGGGCGCCAGAGCGACCAGAGCAGCAACUCGCACGAUUCGGAAGACCUUCCAGAAGAGGUGCCGUCCCUUCUCCCUCCCAUCAACUUAAUUCCCCCUAUACCACGAGCCGAUCAGGUGUCGACAAAGUCCGCCCAAGGUCCAGUUAGCAAGACACCUUGGAGCGACUCAUCGACAAAGAUCCUCGUCUCCUCUCCCGACCCGAUCGACAAGCCGGAGCCCGACUACUCCGUCGCAUCCUCUACCCCCACGCUCACUCCCUCCCGUUCCAGCACCGACUGCCGCAACACUGAGCGGCACAGUGCCACACCCUCGCUUCAAACGGACCAAACGGACAACUCGCGACUCGCUCUCACACCCGUCACAAUCAUGGUAGACCAGCCUCCCGAGGUGCCCGACAUAGCCAUCUAUACCAAUCCGCAAUUCGCCCAGACCGCAGUUGCAUCUCCGACGACAUACCCGGCGCCGCUGCCGCAGAAACUCCCACGCAAGUCGGACACGGAUCUGCCGAGCCGUCUGAAGCGCCGGCUGAGUGGACGUUACGCCGAGCUCGACCGCUCGGGCGCGACGACGCCGAGACGCUGGUUCCGCUGGGCUCGCCAAACCGAUUAGGAAAUUAGAUAACAUCGCAUGGACAGUAAAACGCAACUAGAAGUGCAUGCAUACAGGUUGUACAA